CGCGAGAUGACGGCGUUUUCCCGCGAAGGAGAAGCGCGCGUUUUUCUCUGGCUGGUCACCUGGUCGGGAGACUGGGACCGGCAAGCGGCUGUGAGAAUUUAGCGCGCGGCGUUGCAGGCGCUGUGGGGAGGGCACCUGGUUUCGGAGCGUGUGUCCAGCCAUGCCGGCGCAGCGGCCCGCGAGCAGCGGCGGGUCCCUAGCUCCAGAUAUGGUUGAACAACCACAGACGGCCGUGAUUACCCCAGCCAUGCUAGAGGAGGAAGAACAGCUUGAAGCUGCCGGGCUGGAGAGAGAGCGGAAGAUGCUAGAAAAGGCUCGCAUGUCUUGGGAUAGAGAGUCCGUGGACAUUCGAUAUCGUAGACUUCAGCAUUUGCUUGAGAAAAGCAAUAUUUACUCCAAAUUUUUAUUGACUAAAAUGGAACAGCAGCAAUUAGAGGAACAGAAGAAGAAAGAGAAAUUGGAGAGAAAAAAGGAAUCUUUAAAAGUUACUAAGGGUAAAAAUUCCAUUGAUGCAAGUGAGGAGAAUGCAGUUAUGAGAAAGAAAAGAGGAAGAGAAGAUGAAUCAUACAAUAUUUCAGAGGUCAUGUCAAAAGAGGAAAUUUUGUCUGUGGCUAAGAAAAAUAAAAAGGAGAAUGAGGAUGAAAGCUCCUCUUCUAAUCUCUGUGUAGAAGAUCUUCAGAAAAAUAAAGAUUCAAAUAGUAAAAUUAAAGAUAGAUUAUCUCAAACGGUUAGGCAAAACACUAAAUUCUUUUUUGACCCAGUUCGGAAAUGUAAUGGACAGCCAGUACCCUUUCAGCAACCAAAACACUUCACGGGAGGAGUCAUGCGAUGGUACCAAGUGGAGGGCAUGGAAUGGCUUAGGAUGCUUUGGGAAAAUGGAAUUAAUGGCAUUUUAGCAGAUGAAAUGGGAUUGGGAAAGACAGUUCAGUGCAUUGCUACAAUUGCAUUGAUGAUUCAGAGAGGAGUACCUGGACCUUUUCUCGUCUGUGGCCCUUUGUCUACACUUCCUAACUGGAUGGCCGAGUUCCAGAGAUUUACACCAGAAAUUCCUACUAUGUUAUAUCAUGGGACCCAGCAAGAACGUCGAAAAUUGGUAAAGCAUAUUCACAAACGGAAAGGGACAUUGCAGAUUCAUCCUGUUGUGAUCACUUCAUUUGAGAUAGCUAUGAGAGACCGAAAUGCCUUACAGAAUUGCUAUUGGAAAUACUUAAUAGUAGAUGAAGGACACAGGAUUAAGAACAUGAAGUGCCGCCUAAUCAGGGAGUUAAAACGAUUCAAUGCGGAUAACAAACUUCUUCUGACUGGUACUCCUUUGCAAAACAAUUUAUCAGAGCUUUGGUCACUGCUAAACUUUUUGUUGCCAGAUGUAUUUGAUGACUUGAAAAGCUUUGAAUCUUGGUUUGAUAUCACUAGUCUUUCUGAAACUGCUGAAGAUAUUAUUGCUAAAGAAAGAGAACAGAAUGUAUUGCAUAUGCUGCACCAGAUUUUAACACCUUUCUUACUGAGAAGACUAAAAUCUGAUGUUGCCCUUGAAGUUCCUCCUAAACGAGAAGUAGUUGUUUAUGCACCACUUUCAAAGAAACAAGAGAUCUUUUACACAGCCAUUGUGAACCGUACAAUUGCGAACAUGUUUGGAUCCAGUGAGAAAGAAACAGUUGAGCUGAGUCCCACUGGACGACCAAAACGGCGAACUAGAAAGUCAAUAGAUUAUAGCAAAAUAGAUGAUUUCCCUAAUGAAUUGGAAAAAUUGAUCAGCCAGAUACAGCCAGAGGUAGACCGAGAAAGAGCUGUUGUAGAAACAAAUAUCCCUGUAGAAUCUGAAGUUAAUCUGAAGCUGCAGAAUAUAAUGAUGCUACUUCGUAAGUGCUGUAAUCAUCCAUAUUUGAUCGAGUACCCUAUAGACCCAGUCACGCAAGAGUUCAAGAUUGAUGAAGAGUUGGUAACAAAUUCUGGGAAAUUCUUAAUUUUGGAUCGGAUGCUGCCACAACUAAAAGCCAGAGGUCACAAGGUGCUGCUUUUUUCACAAAUGACAAGAAUGUUGGACAUUUUGAUGGAUUACUGUCACUUUAGAAAUUUCAACUUUAGCAGGCUUGAUGGAUCCAUGUCUUACUCAGAGAGAGAAAAAAAUAUGCACAACUUCAACACAGAUCCAGAUGUGUUUAUCUUUUUAGUGAGUACACGAGCUGGUGGUCUGGGCAUUAAUUUGACUGCAGCAGAUACUGUUAUCAUUUAUGAUAGUGAUUGGAACCCCCAGUCUGAUCUUCAGGCCCAGGAUAGAUGUCAUAGAAUUGGUCAGACAAAGCCAGUUGUUGUAUAUCGUCUUGUUACUGCGAAUACUAUUGAUCAGAAGAUUGUGGAAAGAGCAGCUGCUAAAAGAAAACUGGAAAAGUUGAUCAUCCACAAAAAUCAUUUCAAAGGUGGUCAAUCUGGAUUAAAUCAAUCUAAGAACUUUUUAGACCCCAAGGAAUUAAUGGAAUUAUUAAAAUCUAGAGAUUAUGAAAGGGAAGUAAAAGGUUCAAGAGAGAAGGUCAUUAGUGAUAAAGAUCUGGAGUUGUUGUUAGAUCGAAGUGAUCUCCUUGAUCAAAUGAAUGCCUCAGGACCAAUAAAAGAGAAGAUGGGGAUUUUCAAGAUACUAGAAAAUUCUGAAGAUUCCAGUCCUGAAUGUUUGUUUUAAAUUGGAGCUUAAAGAAUGUCUUCAAAAAGUUCUUGUUUACAUGUAGUGAUCUGUAUUGGUGUUAAAAUCCAGAUUUUUUCACUCUGCUUCUUUGAUUAUAUCAGUUUACAUAAUAUAACUUGUACCAUUGCAUAAUUUUCUGAGCCUUAUUAAGAACAAAGACAUUCACAGUAAGUUUAGAUUUUCAGUUAAUUUUUCAGACUCAGUAGUACUCUUGGGUACAGGCUGAUAUGUCCUUAACCACUGCCAGAUUUAUACAGUCUUCCUGUGGAAGUUUAAUGUCUUUCCCCCGCCCUCCUUUUUAGCAAUACAGUUCAUGGGUUCUUGGUACUUCAGUUAUGGAGUAGGCUUUGGAUGGGGGAAAGAUUGGGAUUAUACUGUCUAUUGUUUAAAUAAGAAAUGGUUUGAUUUUUAGGGUCUAUUUCUAUAAAAUAGUUUGCCAAAUAAAUGUUUGUUAUAAGAUGAUCUCAUCAGAUUAUUUUUUCAGAUAAAUAAUGGCUCAGGUGAAAUAAUAGCAAAAGUCUUGACCGGCAUUGCAAUUCAACAUUAUUAUGGUAACUUGGUAUCAUUCAUUUAGUACUAUACACAUAUGUCAUAUAAAGAUUUCAACUGGACAUUGGGUCAAUGCAGAGAAGGCUCUGUAAGCAAUUACAGGUUCUUGACAAAAGACCAGAAAUUGGAAGUGGCAGUGUACCACGCAAAACAAGAACACAAGAGAGAUGAGACCCUGAAAAUUUAUAGCAGGGAGGGGUUAAAGUAAGAUUUUAGAAUGUAAGUAACACCAGAUGCAUAAUAGAGCAGCAAAAAGGCCAAAGUGGGAACCAUUUAGGCCCUGUAUGUAUGUGAAAUUGAGGAAGAGAAAAACUGAAUGUUCCCUGAACCAUACAUUUCUGUGUAGGUUGUUAUUCUUGCUGCCAUGUGUAUUCAGAUGUAGAUCAGAUUCUCUCUGCCUUAGGGUAAUGGAACCUAGGACUCAGAAGAAAAACUAUUUUGACAGAAUAUUCAGCCAAAGAAAAGAACAGACUACAGAGUGGUUUUUUUCCAAACUGGAAAUGUUUACUGAUCGCCAACAAAUCAUCGUAACCUUAGUUGGUUGCUUAGUAGUUGUACUACGUUUUCUUAAUCCAUUCUCUUACAUUUGGCCCAGAUGAUUAUCUCAUGGGUUUAUCCCUGUCCUCACAUUUCUAAUACCUCCUCCCUCUGGUGUUGCUCCUUGUCCACACUGAGAUAAUAAAAAUGAUCAGAAAAGAACUUCUAAAAGUUGCCACCACUGCAUCUGUAAACCUACCAGCCUGUGUGCCCAUGUAUCCUCCUUUACAUCUUUUUUUUUAAUUAAUUAAUUUAUUUAUUUUAUUGGCUGUGUUGGAUCUUUUGCUGUGCGUGGGCUUUCAUUAGUUGCGGUGAGCGGGGGCUACUCUUUGUUGUGGUGCACGGGCUCCUCAUUGCUGUGGCUUCUCUUGUUGCGGAGCCCAGGCUCUAGGCGCAUGGGCUUAAGUAGUUGCAGCACAUGGGCUCAAGAGUUGUGGCUCACGGGCUCUAAAGCGCAGGCUGAAUAGUUGUGGCGCACAGGCUUAGUUGCUCCGAGGCAUGUGGGAUCUUCCUGGGGCAGGGCUCGAACCCAUGUCCCCUGCAUUGGCAGGCAGAUUCUUAACCACUGCGCCACCUAGGAAGCCCCUCCUUUACUUUUAUGGAUAUAGUCUGUCCUAGCUAGAGCCAACAGAAACGCCCCAUUUCUUGUUUUACAAGAAACUCCUUGAAAAGUCUGUGUUCACUGUCGACAUGUCACUUGUUUCGCUUCCAUUUUUUUUCCUGAACCCAUUCCGGUCAGAUUUUUAAAGUCUCCAGUGGCUUCUAUGACCUCAUUUACUUGAUUUUUCAGCAGCAUUUCAUAUAGUUGUUUAAUUUCCACUAAAGAAUUUCUUUAGUUUUUGCUAGGUUUUUAAGCAAACACAUUUGCCUGGUUCUUCAUACCUCUUUGGCUCUUUCUCAGUCUUCUUUGCCAUUUAUUUGUUAAUGUCUUUGACUCCUUAACAUUAGAAUCUCCCAGGCAGGGCUUGGGGCUCCCUUUGAUGGUCUUGUUGCUUUAAAUACCAACUAUGUAUUAAAUUAAAUACCAACUAUGUGGUGAUGACUCAGGUUUAUAUCUCCAGCCAGAACCUUUCUCCUGAACUCAGUUCCAACUGCCUACUUGAUAUUACCUCAUUGCCUGAUAAACUAUCCCAAAUCUGAACUUUAUGAACUUGUUCUCCAGGUGCUUAAGACUGUUCCCACCCAUGCGGUUAUUUUUCAGCUUCUGAAAUCUUGUGUUAUCUCUUGUGUUUUCUUUUUUGGGAGUUUAAUGACUCUCACCCUUUUACUGUUACUUUAGUUUCCAGAUUUUAGUUUAAGGGGCAGUGGGAACAGAUGUAUUCAUUCCAUGAUACUGAAACAAAAGCUCCCUCUUCGUUUGUCUUCCAUCACUUAGUCAAACUGCCAUGAAAACUACUUCAUUAGCUUUAUUGUUCAGUGAAUCAUUCUUAUGUAUUACGAGGCAGUUCCUGAAUGUAUUGAGAAGUAUAAUGAAAGUGGUACUUGAACAUUUCCAGGCAAAUAUGUUUGAUGGAAUCUUUCACUAAUAUCUUAGCAAUUAUAUUUGAUUGUUUAGUCUUAGAACUUUGAAGUAAUACUUUAUGAAAAGCCUGAAAUGCACUAAUGUUUAUUUUCAAAACAUUAAAUAAGUGCUUCUGGUUUUAAAUUCUAUACACUUAUUUCAAAAGAUUUUGGUUUUGAGCUUUUUACAUUAAUGCUACUUAAGU